GGGGUGAGGGCGGUGCCGACCUGAAGGAAGAUGGCGGCGCCCUGGUGGCGAGCCGUGCUGGGCGGAAGUCGGAGGUGGCGGGGCUUCAGCACCUCGGCCGCGCUGAGCCGCCGGACCCCCCCGCUGGGGCCGAUGCCCAACGAGGACAUCGAUGUGAGCAACCUGGAGCGGCUAGAGAAAUACCGCAGCUUCGACCGCUACCGGCGCCGGGCUGAGCAGGAGGCGCGCGCCCCGCACUGGUGGCGGACCUACCGCGAGCACUUCGUGCAGGAGUCAGAUCCCAAAGACAAGAUUGAUAUUGGGCUGCCUCCACCCAGGGUCUGUCGGACCCAACAACUGCUGGAGCGAAAACGGGUCCUUCGGGAACUGCGGGCCAAUGUGGAGGAGGAGCGGGCCGCCCGCCUGCGCACAGGGCGCGUGCCCCUGGAGGCUGUGCGGGCUGAAUGGGAGAGGACCUGCGGCCCCUACCACAAGAAGCGUCUGGCCGAGUACUACGGCCUCUACAGAGACCUGUUCCACGGUGCCACCUUUGUGCCCCGAGUGCCCCUGCACGUGGCUUACACUGUGGGUGAGGACGAGCUGAUGCCCGUAUACCACGGCAAUGAGGUCACACCCACCGAGGCUGCCCAGGCCCCGGAGGUGACCUAUGAGGCGGACGAGGGCUCCACGUGGACGCUGCUGCUCACCAACCUGGACGGACACCUGCUGGAGCCGGAUGCCGAGUACGUCCAUUGGCUGGUCACCAACAUCCCAGGCAACAGGGUGGCUGACGGACAGGAGACGUGCCCCUACCUCCCCCCAUUCCCUGCCCGGGGCUCUGGCUUCCACCGCUUCGCCUUCCUGCUCUUCAAGCAGGACAAGCUAAUCGACUUUUCUGGGGACACCCGGCCUUCACCCUGUCACCAGCUUGCCCAGCGGACCUUCCGCACUUUUGAUUUCUACAAGAAACACCAGGAGGCCAUGACUCCAGCUGGCCUGGCCUUCUUUCAGUGCCACUGGGACGACUCGGUCACGCGCAUCUUCCACCAGCUUCUGGACAUGCGGGAGCCUGUGUUCGAGUUUGUGCGGCCACCUCCUCACCACCCCAAGCAGAAGCGCUUCCCCCACCGGCAGCCCCUGCGCUACCUGGACCGGUACAGAGACAGUCACGAGCCCACCUAUGGCAUCUACUGAGUGGCCAGUCUGCCCUUCACCUUGCAGAGUGCUCUGGGCCUCUCAGGCCGCGCGGUGGGGUCCAGGCCCUGCCUGAGGCAGCCCCUCUGCGGCCCUCCCCCAGGCCAGGGCCUGGGAGUGAAGAGACCCUCCAGGGGUCGUGGCAGGGGCGGGUGCG